GUUCAGUUUCGUAGUGCUCAGGAGUUGGUUUGGAUUGUGACCUCUUAAUAUUGUAUGUGUUGUAACCUAUAGAACAGUUCCAUGGAACAGACUAUUUAGGUAGGACAAGUGUGUGUGUGUUUUCAAAUGAUUGGGAUGGACGCCCACGUGGAAGAACGUGAUGAAAGAUCAGUGGAAAGAACGUUGACAGCAGAUGAACGCAGCAAAUUAGAGAAUCAAAAUAGCAGACUAGUUCCUCAGUUUCUGGCAACGAAAUUAGAAUUAGAAGCAAAGAAGAAUUGGGAUCUUUUUUAUAAACGAAACGACACGCGUUUUUUUAAGGAUAGACAUUGGACUGUUAGAGAAUUCAGUGAAUUAUCAGAGUGUUCUGCAAGUGAAAAAUCGAAAGUUCUUUUAGAAGUAGGUUGCGGAGUGGGAAACUUCGUUUACCCAUUAAUUGAGGAGAAAUUGAAUUUGUUCAUUUAUGCAUGCGAUUUCUCGCCGAGAGCAAUAGAAUACGUGAAGUCGCAUUCGUUGUACGAUGAGACGAAGAUAAAAGCGUUUCAGGUGGACAUAACAACUGAUGAAAUAUUUCAUUAUUUACAAUGUGGAUCAGUCGAUAUUGUAACAUUGGUCUUCGUACUUUCUGCUAUUCAUCCACAUAAGUUCUUGCAAACAUUGAGGACAUUAUUUAAAUUGUUGAAGCCAGGAGGAAUUAUGCUGUUUCGAGAUUAUGGUCUUUACGACAUGGCGCAACUCAGGUUUAAACCAGGAAAUAAAAUAGCGGAAAAUUUUUAUAUGCGCCAGGACGGUACAAGGAGCUAUUACUUUUCGGUUGAAGAAGUUCACCAGUUAGUGAAAGAUGCUGGAUUUCAAGUAACCACUAAUUCAUACAUUCACAGGCGAACAGUUAACAAAAAGGAAGAAAUUGAUGUACCCAGAAUUUUUAUUCAAGGAAAAUUCAGAAAAGUUCCUCCAUAAUAGGGUAGAGAGAGCAGCAGUGUCAAAAUAGUGCUGCAGACAAGUUAUUUGGAAUGAUGAAUUGUGCUGUGCCUUACGGCACUCCAUGGAAGAAUUUGGGUUUGGCAGAUGCCUGGUGAAUGUUACCUGCCAUGUCCACUAUUAGAUGCCUGGAUACUGGUGAUCAGAAAUGUAAAUAUAUUACAUAUGUGAUGUUGAAGAAAAGGCCAUAACAUUUUGACACAUGGUGUGAAUGUAUGGGUAGACUGCUAUCUGUACUGUGUGGAUAGUGAAUUGUGUGUGCCAGCUGGUCUCCGUAAAGAUGGAGAAGUGAAUUGGGUGCAGUGAAUUAAAGAUGGAACAAAGGGGCAGUUGCAGUAAUUUAAGGUGAAUGCUGUGCCAGUAACACGAAGGAUGGAGAAGUGAAUUGGGUGCAGUGAAUUAAAGAUGGAACAAAGGGGCAGUUGCAGUAAUUUAAGGUGAAUGCUGUGCCAGUAACACGAAGGAUGGAGAAGUGAAUUGGGUGCAGUGAAUUAAAGAUGGAACAAAGGGGCAGUUGCAGUAAUUUAAGGUGAAUGCUGUGCCAGUAACACGAAGGAUCAAUAAUGGAAAUCUUGUAGGACCUAAUGACAACUAUAUGGACUCUACUUCAACUGACAACAAAUCCUGUGAAUCUUCACAUCUGGCUGCAUAUGGUGACAUCUAUGAUGUGUCAAUUGGACGAGGACACACCAUGAAGAUAUUACUUUGCAUAUGUCAUGAAAGUUUUGUGGAAACUAGACACUCAUUUUGAUUAUUGGAGAGUGUUUGAGGUUUUCUUAGAAGCUGUGAAAUUAGUGGCAGUUGGUACUUCUCUGAUGUUAUUACCUUCUGAAAUGUCUGAAGCUUCUGCAAUUUGUAGAGAACUGGGUGGGUAUAUUUGUGCAGCAUGUUAGGAGAAAUUGUAUAAUUGAAAUGAGGAUGAUCACAUCCACACCAUUCAUGAUGGCAGUUACUCCAUGAGGGGAUGCUAGUGCAGAUUCAGAUUUAGCCCACUGCUUUCAUCACAUAGCAAAAAACUUUAGGAAAUCAUUAAGGAUCACAGCAACGUUGGACAUUGGCUCAAUGUACUUCUCUGUAUGCUCAGGAGGUAUGGCAACAGAAAAAUUAGGUUUAGAUGAAGUACCAGGGGAUUAGGUACUGAGCCUGAAGCUUUACAGUGGGCCUCUAGCUUUGCAAGACAUUUCACAGUAUUGCAAGCGGAAGAAAGCAGAGCUGUUUCCGAAUGUAUCAAAGAAGUCCAAAAUAAUGGAAUUGGUUUACAGCCUCAUGGCAGAAGCAAACCAAUCUUUCGGAAAGGGAGCAACCCUACGGCAAUCACGAAAAAGGUCUUAUCCAUUCUUUUAAAAUAUAGCUGUAUUUCAUCUGAAAAUUUGUGUUAAAAUAAUUACACGUGAUAUACCAUUAAUUUGAUUGAUCCAAAGUUUGCCCAAUUUUUUUCAAAUGGGGUUAGAAUUAUAUAACAAAAUUAUCAAUGAUUUGAAUUGAGAGGUACAGAACAUAUUGUCAUCUGGAUAGGAAGAAAAUGUAUUUUGUAACAUAUGGUAUUACUGUUAGCAUUUUGGUGAUUCACUUUUAUCGUAAAUAAAUUCCUCUUUAUUCAAUGUGAUGAGUAUACUGAUAAAGCAUGACAAUUUCUGACAAAUUUAGUUUCUUAGUUCAAUAAAAAAAGGGUGGUAUCAAUGGAAAAAGACGAUAAUGUUGAUGUAUAUGUACCUAAUACAAAAUUAAAUAUAUUAUGUGUUGUUGGUACUCCAAACAGUAGUAAAAAUUGGUUCUUUGACUUCUGAAUCUCUUGCAUUACGUAUUGGCCAUAUAGAAAGGUGUAAUAACAAGACUAAUGAAUUGGCGUUACAAGACGCAGCAAAUGGACUGCUAAUUAUUGGUAAUGAAAUACCAAUUGAAGGUGGUGCUCCAGAAGAUUUUUAAAAAAGUAUGUGAAGGAAUUGCUUGUAAUGUUAGAAUGAAGUUAAGAGGUGACUCAAUUUUGUGAUGUACACGUUUUACUUAUCAGUAAUUCAGAACUAAUCAGAAUUUCAGAACUAAUCAGAAGUAUUCGUGUUACAUGUAAAUGGAAAGGUAUGAUGAAUUAAAACAUGCUUGUAAAAAGCCAUAUCCAAUGGCAUUCUUCCAAUUAUUGGAAAUGUGUAAUGUGUCUUAUUAAAUGGAUUUGGGAUUGGAAAUGGAAACAUUGUAUUUUGAGUAACAAUAAAUGUUUAUUCACAGAA